CACGAGGCCAGCAGACUCGAGCAGAGACUAGAGGAGCUGCAGGAGGAGUUGUAUGAUCUCAAGACUUACAACAGUCUAUUCAAUGAAACUACAAACACAUCUAGAAACUACUGCAACAUACCUGGAUUAUCAUCAUCAUCAUCAUCAGUAUUAUUACACCGCAGAAACACUGUAAACAAACAUCAGCCCGAAAGGUGUGCUGACUUAUCUUCUCAAGGGGCAUUAGACGGCUCCGUAAAAUGACCCAAUCUGUGCACGUACCCUCCAAACUGCCAAAUCUGAGUGCCCCUUUUCAUUGCUCGGCUGAGGAAGAAACAGAUCAAGGUAAUUCAUAUUCCGUACAGACACCCUAUGGAUUCCACCUUGACCUCGAUUUUCUCAAGUACGUAGAAGAAAUUGAGAGCGGACACAGCGUUCGUAGGUCUAAUGUCAAUCCUCGGAGAGGAUCGCGGGGUGACCGUGGGAAUCAGAGGAAUGCAGGUAUUGGUGGCCGAACCAGCGGAUGGACUUCCACCGAGUCACUUUCCUCAACCACUAGUGAGAGUAACCAUCCUAACCCAGCGGUCCUCCAGAGUCCGAUCACAUCACCCAGUAAAUCACAACCGCUGUCCCCAUCACCGGUGAUUGCUCCCAGUCUACACACUUGCUCCAAAGUGCCACCGCCACCUCCACCGCGUAACCCUCGGGUAGAGCGGACACUUCUCGAAACCAGCCUUCGGCUACAACAGGAGCAAAGCCGCUUUUCCAAUGGAGUAAGUUUUAAUUUCCCAGACCUUUCCAAAGUCAAUCCCAAAGUUGCUGGAUCCACAAGUGACUCUUCAUCGGCCUCCUCUCAACUCUCUCAGGAUGGCCGCUUGCAACAGAUAUCCCUUUCCAGCAGCUGGACCAAGGCUAGUCCACAAACGUCUGGAAGGAGCACUCCAGCCUCCAGCUCAGGAACAUCUUCACUUACUCCCGGGCAGCUUCACACCGUGCGAGAACAGAUGGCCUCGGCCCUCAGGCGGCUGAGAGAGAUGGAGGAGCGUGUGAAAGGAAUACCGGCCUUAGAAAGAGAGGUGAUGGCGUUGCGUGCUGAAAAGGAAAGGCUGACCCUGGAACUUCAGAAAAAAGCAGAAGAGCUUGAUGCCACGCUCAAAUUGAAAGUAUCCAGUGAGUCAGAAGUGGAACCAGGUCCAGUUUCAACAUCACAGAGUGGGAAAAAAGAAUUUAAAGGGGAAGAAAAACGAUCCAUAGCAGUAGGUGACAAUAUUCCACUUCAGGCAGUGAAAGUCUGCUAUCAACAGAUGCUGAAGGAUGCUGCUGUCGAAGCUUCAGUUGACCUCUCUCACGCAGCAGUCGAAACUGAGGCUGGUGAGGUGCGCGAUGAGGGAGUUCAGGUCGGAGUGAGUACAGAAGAUGUGGAAGUAUGGGUCGUAGAGUCAUUUCUUGGGUUACAAAGUGAGGCAGAACGAGAAAUCGAGACGCUUCAACAUACUAUCACACUUCAACAGGAGUCCAUGCAGGUUCUUGAGACACGACUAUCUCAAGUCAGCCAAGACUUUGAAACAUUAAGGGCUGAGGAAAUUAAGAGGACAUCCAAGAAGAUGUCUGACAAAGACACUCUUGUAAAACCAGAGACAAUCGAUGCCCAAAUGGAAACGUGCCCUGUGGUUUGUUCCCAAACAUCUGUGGGGGUAGGGUUUCCAGAUGCGACUGAUCUGGAGUACCUGGCACAGAUGAAACAAGACCAAAAUGUGCAAACAGAUCCUGUGGAAACUUGCGUGUCACUGGUAAGCACUGGUAUCCAGUGGGAAUGCCUGGGUGAUAUACAAGAGACUGAAGAACAGACUUCUUCUACAGAGGUUGCAGGUCCUCUGAAGUCUAUCAUGAAGAGGAAAGAUGGGACUGGUGUUACUGCAGGUUCAAGCAGUGGCAAAAAGAGCUUGACGUUUGUUGGUAUUUUAAAUGGGAGCUAUGAGUCAAGUUCUAGUGAAGAUGAUGAUGAAGAGAGUUCAUCUGAUGACAGUGAGGCUGGAGUUUGUUCAGAGAGCAGUGGAGAAGAAGAGGAGGCAGCUUUACAAGACACAUCUGAUGAAGAGAUGAAUAUAAAUGUGAAUGAAACUGACAGUGAUGAAAAUACUGAAAAAGCAACCAAGCCUGAAGAUGCGAAGCAUCAGACAGAGGAGGUGAAGGAAAAGUUUGAGUUAAGUGCCAGGAUGCGUGAGGCGUGUCUGAUUUUAAAGAAUCACCUGAAUGAUGGAUCAAAAACACUGAAGAGUAAAGAAGUGUUGUCCAGUACACACACAGUUCAGCUGGAGUGGUUCAGAGUAUCCAGCGCAAAGACCGCUCAGCCGACCCGCGUGUCAAAUUAUCUGAUGGCUUUCUCUGAGAUUUCAUCUGUACUACUGGAGCACGUCGUGAACAUGACUGACGGCAACGGCAACACAGCUUUACACUACAGCGUCUCUCAUUCCAACUUUACUGUAGUGGAUCUGCUGCUCGACACAGGUGUAUGUAAGGUGGAUCAGCCGAAUAAAGCCGGAUAUACGGCGGUAAUGCUGGCAGCUCUAUCAGCGGUGAAAGAGGAGAAUGACAUGUCCGUGGUCCACAAACUCUUCCGCAUGGGUAACGUCAAUGCUAAAGCCAGUCAGGCGGGUCAGACGGCUCUGAUGUUGGCAGUAAGUCACGGGCGUCUGGAGAUGGUGCGAUCUCUCAUUGACUGUGGUGCCAAUGUGAACGUACAAGAUGAUGAAGGUUCAACCGCUCUUAUGUGUGCCAGCGAACACGGACGGGUCGAGGUCGUCUCGCUGCUACUGGCGCAACCGUCCUGUGAUAUCUCUGUUGUGGAUAAUGAUGGCAGUAAUGCCCUCUCAAUCGCUCUGGACGCGUCCCACAAUGACAUUGCUGUGCUACUGUAUGCCCAUAUGAACUACUUAAAGACACAAGGGGAUGUGACGUCCAGUCUUCCCUCCAGUCCUAGAAAAACAACACAUUAAAAACAAACCUGGCAUAUAUAUUCUAGCUUUGCUGAAAGAUUACUAUAUCUAUUUUACAAGUUUAUAUAUAUUUAUAUUGUAUUCCCAGAAUAUUCAAUUUUUAUGCAGAUAUUUAAUGUAUUGUGCUAUAAUUCAAGUACUACGUAACCACAUUAAUGUAUUCUUCAUUGUGUAGCACUACAGUCAGUGGUUAACUCCAGUACAGCUCCACGUGAUUUAACAAUGAGAUUAUUGAUGAUAAACACACAUCUAGUUUAUAAUCUGCACAUAAAUUACAAAUCAUCUCAUUUUGAAAACACAGCCGUUGAUCUUUAGAAAUAACCUUAAGAAUGACCAUUCACUCAGGCAUUAAUCAGUUCAACAUGCUUGCAUUAGAUAACCAAAGACCAAAGUAUUUGUGUUUAAGCACUCUUUUCAUGCAAAACGUAUGUAAAUGACUUUGAUCAGAUAAAGACAAAAGGUUUUUCACACUUAAUGUCUAUGGUUCAUGUGAUGAAUCUCUAUAAAGAAACAUUAAUCUGUUGAUGAGACUUUGACGUUUUAUUAUUUAAUUUAAUGCAACACAGUUUGACUGUAUGUAUGUUGUUUGAUUUACUUUUCAUUGCCAGUUUGAUGAUGGGAUCAUUAACAUUGAUACCCAGAUCUUCAUGAUAAACCAGUACAUGAGUAUUCACUGCUCAAAGUUUCUCAUUUUAGUUUUGUUUACUGUGUUCAUCUGUCCUGUGUUCAUCAGGCAUUAAAUACUGUCAGCGUUCGGUCCGUUUUACUUGCCGUCUGCAUCUUAUGUGACGACUGUAUAACUUUUUGUUUUUAUGCCAUGCAGCUUUUUAAAAACAACAACAAUAAAGUGUUACAUUAUAUAA